AUGUCAGAGCCCGAUCUGCACCGCGCCAUAUCCAUGAAACCGCACCCGUUCCACACGCACCCGGACCGCAUAGAACGCACAUCAAGUCCCCACCACGCGCACCUCAACCCCAGCAGCAGCAGCAGUGCGCAACACCAUGCCGACAUAUCAACUCCCAGCAAAAACGACGCCAGCAGCACCGCCAUCGAAACCAGCGCCCCAACACCCUCUUCGCACGACCCCAUAGCCCGCCAUGUCCGCAGCUACCAUGAAGGCGAAGACAUAGAAUCGCAAUCACCCCCCUCUUACACCCCCGACAACGACCCAUACUCGCUCUCCUCCGCCAUAAAACCCGAAUCCGAACUCGCCCUCAUUCGCGCCAACACAUCGCGCAAACGCGAUGGCUGCGGUCCCAUCACUCUCAAUAAGAAGGCGACAUCAGCGAAGAAGCUCGAAGAGUUUUACUCUGCCCAAAAUGAGAACAUAGAGAGAUUGCUCAAGCCCGUGGCGGAGCAUAGGGCUGCGGCGAAAGAUGAAGAUACGGCGAAUCAUCUCAAGUAUAAGAUUGCGGUUAUUGGGAGUUUUGCUGCGAACAUUAUUCUUGCGGUGUUGCAGCUUUAUGCGGCGGUCAGCUCAAGGUCGCUAUCCCUCUUCACGACUAUGGCGGACUCGCUGUUCGAUCCGCUGAGUAACCUCACGUUGAUCAUGUGUAAUCGCGCUGUUGCAAGGGUUGAUGCGAGGAAGUUCCCUUCUGGGAAGGCGAGGAUUGAGACGGCGGGCAAUCUUUGUUUCUGCGCGCUUAUGAUUACCGUUUCGGUGGUUAUUAUUGUCGAGUCUAUCCGUACGGUUGCGGAACACACUGGACCUGAGACGAACGACUUCUUCCUCCCGUCCGUCAUCGCUGUCAGCAUCGCGUUCGCGACGAAGUUCAGUUUGUUCCUGUACUGUUGGGCGUUGAGGAACAAGUACAGUCAAGUCCGCAUUCUGUGGGAGGAUCACAGGAACGAUCUCUUCAUCAACGGAUUCGGUGUCUUGACCAGUGUCGGUGGAUCGAAGUUGAAGUGGUGGUUGGAUCCCAUGGGCGCCAUGAUACUCUCUGUUUUGAUCAUCUUCCUUUGGUCGAGGACGGCGUACUCGGAGUUCCAACUCCUCAUCGGUGUUACGGCUGAUACUGCGAUGCUGCAACACAUUACGUAUAUCUCGAUGACACACUCCCCUACCAUCCUCCAAAUUGACACCGUACGCGCCUACCAUUCCGGCCCCCGCCUCAUUGUCGAAGUCGACAUCGUCAUGGACCCGGAAGCUACUCUGCGUGCUACACACGACGUAGCCGAGGAACUUCAGAUCAAGUUGGAGAGUCUACCAGACGUGGAGAGGGCCUAUGUGCAUGUAGAUUACGAAACGGAUCAUCGACCUGAGCACUUUCUGAAGAAGGAGUUGUAA